GAAGCCUUUGAUUGGCAGUUGCGAGGGGCAGCCAUUGCGCUCUUGCCUCGGGCGGCUUGCUCUCUUUUUGCUCACGUAUCUUUCCAUUGGAACCCUUGCCUUGGAAAAGGAGAGCGGAAAAGGCCAAAGAUUAGUCUUCCCAUCCUUGCGCACAAAAAUCAUGAGGCAGUUUUGUUUACCUAUAAGCAUUAUCCAGGAUGACCCAGCCAUCCGCUGACUACCUCUCUUCCUCCGUCUCCUACAAUUAUGACCAGCCCCUUCCUCCUUUGGCUCGGACGAAUGCCGUCACCCAGGUGCCCCCGGCCAAGAAGAUAACCUUCUACAAGAGUGGGGACCCUCAGUUUGGAGGGGUCAAGAUGGCCAUCAACCAACGCAGCUUCAAGAGUUUCAACGCCCUCAUGGAUGACCUCUCCCACCGGGUGCCCUUGCCUUUUGGGGUGCGGACCAUUACGACCCCACGGGGCAUACACUGCAUCAGCACACUGGAUCAGCUGGAAGACGGCGGCUGCUACCUCUGCUCAGACAAGAAAUACGUCACCCCCAUCAGUAUCGGGGCUGCCAACCGAAGGACAGGUUCGCAGAAGACCAGUGCUUUGAGGAAGGCAGCCCAGGAUGGGAAGCAGGACGACCACUCAUCGGGUUUUGCCCAACAGAGCCCUAGGAUACCAAAGAAGGUGACUCUGGUCAAGAAUGGAGAUAUCACUGCCCAACGGCCCAUUAUCCUCAACCGGAGGAAUGCCCGGAGCCUCAAAACCCUCCUGGAUGAAAUUUCAGACAUUAUGCAAUUCACAGUGAAGAAGCUGUUCACAUUGGAUGGGAGGAAGAUUGACAGUAUGCAAGCCCUGUUGCACUGUCCGAAUGUGUUGGUCUGCGUCGGCCGGGAGCCUUUCAAGCCAAUGGUGAAGGAAAACCCCAGGAAACACUCUUCGGAGAAACUGCCGGGCCUGACAUCUCGAGCCAGCAGCAACAACAACGGCGAAAACCAAGAAAUGAACUUCGGACUUGAAGCCAAAAAGAGUGUGAUGCACCCACGGUCAUCCUUGAGCAAUCGGUCUCAAAGGUUUUCCUUGUCUUCGGAAAAAUCCUCCAUCAAUGGCCUGACAACGUCAUCUGAGAAUGGCGCUCCAUUUCCACGCAAUUGUCCGCACUCGAAAGCAGAAGACCUGACCCAUUCCUUAGUCAAUGACGACAUAGAGAAGAAGGUCCAUGUGAAUAAAGAUGGCAGUCUGUCUGUCGAGAUGAAAGUACGCUUCCGUCUGCUGAAUGAUGAGACACUGCAUUGGUCCACGCAGCUCAAGAAGUCCAUGCAUAAGAUACCUGGUGAAGAACUCAGUGUCAGCAACGACAAUGGAGUAGAGCUCACGGAGAACCCAGAAGCUAGCUCAGAGCUGGAUGACGCUUCCCUCCUCUACCCCUGCGAUAUUGAUUCUUACAUGUCCAACGUUGAUGAGUCAGAGAUCGACGAGGUCCGUUGCCGUAAUUGUGGGAAGCCGUGCAAGGACUAUGACAUCUGGAAGAACCCCAUGCACAUUUCUCAGAAAGAGGAACCAGGGGUGAGGAGCACUUGGUACACCCAUUCUUCAUGCUCAAGCACUUCAUCCCACCGGAGGAUCGUCCGCAAAAAGGUGGCCUCCGUGGACAGCAUCCGCACCUCGUCCAGUGGAGAGGAAUAUUCCAAACAUGUGGUCAGAGAAUCUUCUCAUUACUCAGAGACUGUAGAGAAUACGGUAGAGUAUCGUGAGGUUAAAAAUUGCUGCUGUCAAGGUGGUUGCGGCCAGUCCGACACAAGCCAAAGGGGGACGCCUGAGGCAAUGGACACCAUAGUCAAUUCAGUCGGUUUGCAAAACGAGGAGGAGGAUGCAGCAGAGGGAGGAGAAAAUAUCAACACUGGUAGCCGACCAGGGAGUAACAAAUCGAAAUCCUCUCAAGCUUCAGCAGAAAGCCAAAUAAGAAUAUGUGAAAAAACUAGCAGUUUGGAAAGGACCAUUUCGUCUGGUAGCAUCAAGGAAAAAGGAGAGCUUGAAGAUGCUGUUGCCUGCUCAUCCCCUCCGAACAGUGUCUACAGCAGGUCUGGUAAGGGCAGCAUAUUUGACGGAGGACAGGAAAAUGCUGAUGAGGUUUCCGAGAAUGACCGUGCAGUUUCUUCUAUCUCCAUGGAUUCGUGUGCUAAGAAAGAUGUAGCAGGGGAUGAAGCUGAAAAGGAGGAUGAAGAGAUCAAUGAAAUAUAUUCUGUUUCAGAAAAUCCAUGCUCCAAUCCAUCCAUCAAAGAUGAUACCAGUGAAUGUGGACGUUCUUCUACAGCAAGGUCUAUAAGGUCAGUAUCUAGUGCUGGAAACCAUAGGAGAAACAACAGCAAUGAAGUUCACCUGUGCAGUGCUGCAUCAGCUUCCUCCAGAACUUCCAGGAAGAGCAAGCCAAGCCAAAAUCACCUGGAGGUGGCAUCCAACAGGUCCGUUGGGUCAUCUCGAGGGUCUACCUCCAGUAAGAAGAAGAAAAAACCAAAUGGUUCUUUCCAAGCGGAAGAUGCAAGGUCCAAUAGCAGGGCUUCUCAUUAUUCCAGAAGCUCAUAUGAAGUGGAUAAAAGAGAUUCUGGCCAUGCAUCCCAAGAUUCAAGCCCUCCUCACUCCCAUGUGUCAUCCUCAAGUGAGGUGGCAGCUCCUCCAGCUUACAAAGCGGAGAGUACAAGCAGUCUUUCCAGGUGCUACAGCAGGUCCUCCAGAAAUAGCCCGAAGGAGAACCUGAUAGAGGGCUCCAUCAAAGUACCAUCUCAUUGUUCCAGCUUUUCAGACUAUGGUGGGGAAAAUGGAGAUGGAAUUCCCAAAGUUGGCUCUCCAGAAGGCUCUUCAAGGCAGGGAGGUGUGUCUGAAUCCACUUGUUCAAAAUGUGGCCACAUUACGAAACCCUGUCGCGAUGACCUUCGAAGCACUAGUUCAAAGGUUUCUUCACACUCUGAAGCUAGGAGCAGAUGUGCAGAGACGGAAGCUUCAAGGAGAAGUGAUGAUGCUUGCUCACAGUCAAGCAUAGCAAUGUCUUCCAAACCAAGACGAAAGAAAGCCAACAGCCUCCAUGCUGAUAUUGAAGGUUCUAGCCAAGUAUCAGCCUCUGAGUCCAUGUACAGUUUGCGCUAUCCCUCCCCUCCGAAAGGGAGGCCUGGUAGCAGAAAAAGUAGGCCUCUGCUCCUGAAGAAGAGCUCUAAAGGGACCAGUGCAUGCACAGAAUCCGAACUGAUCCCAGACAAGGAAGAGAAAGAAGUGACUGUCUCACAACCCCCUGAACCUUUGAACACAGAGGAGGGGACAUGCCAAGAGAAGCUCCAAGAAGAAACAGAAAUUGAACCUUUUGCUUCCUGUGGUGGUGACGAAAUCAUUCCUUCUUCUUUGCCCAAUGCCUCUCUGGAACAAGUUGUUCAUGAAUGGCUAAGAAAGAUUCCUUCUGAGACCCUGCUGAUGAAAUGUGAGAUGCAGGAUGACGGAGAAGGUGCAGAAUUAGAUACGGAGAUACCAGGCUGUUCAAACAGUCAGGAAUUGCUGGAGGGAGACUCAGAGGAGAAGAAAGAGGACACCAAGGAAGCUGAAAGCAUUGCAGAUGCUGCCGAACCCAUCAUUGAAGGAACAGAAGAAGAGGCAGUUGACGAGGAACCAAAGGAGGAACUCAAUGAUGAGAAGGUUUCUGAAGCUGUUUUAGAAGAGAUGGAAGCUGAAGAAGCCAAAUGCAAUCUCUCUGCCCUCACCAGCCAAAACAACCACAAAAAAGACUUGCCCAGUACCAUUCAGACUUCUGUCCAGAUCAUGAAAGCCCUGCUGGCAUCCAAACAAGAGCCAAAGAUGGACCGAGCACAUAGUUUGCCAGAGGUAUCUCCAACAAUGGGGAGAAAGCUCAGCAACUCAGCCAAUAUUUUGAUCACCUGCCUCGCAAGCCUUCAGCUCCUUGAUGAAGAGUUAGACCCAUCCAACAAAUCAAGUAAAGGUCUCAAUAGGCCGAGAUAUACAGAGCUCUUGAAUAUUUUCCAGGCCCUCUGGUGUGGGCACACAUCAGAAAAAGGGGGGCCAAGUGCUGACAUAAAAGAAGAGGGCUCAGCAAAAGUGCCCUCUGGUUACAAAGGCCACUGUUCAAAAGAGGGCGAUUUCACUCCCAUGUCCUCUUCAGGGGUUGAUGUUAGUAGUGGUGAUGGAGGUUCAGGAGAAGGGAGUGUGGCUGGUGGUCGGGAUCAUGCUUUGUCACAAGAGAAAACAGAGGAAGCCAAACCUGCCGAAGAAGAUGCAGAAAAUGCUGAACUGAAAGUUGGGAAUGAGGAGGCUGAAGAAGAAGCUUCUCAGCCACCAAAAUCAGAAGGAGGAGGUGAAGAAGUGGAAUCUGUUGGUGGUGAGGAAGCAACUAAAGGCACAGAGGACUGUGAAACUGAGCAGGCAAGUGAAAAAGAAAUGGCUGAAGAGGGAGCAGUGGAAGAAAGUGACCAACAAGAAAAUGAACAUGUGGAGUGUGGUGAAGUAAAUGCUGAUGGCGAUAUCAUCCAAGUGGAACCUGGUAAGGAAGCAGUGGAAGAAAAUGACCAAGAAGAAAAUGAAAAUGAUGCUGAUGGAGAUAUGGUCCAAGUGGAAGCUGAAGAGGAAGUGGUAGAAGUAACAGGCCAGCAAGACGAUGACAAUGUUGAGGGUGGAGAAGUAGAUGCUAAUGGAGAUACCAUCCAAGUGGAAGCUGAAGAGGGAGCAGUGGAAGAAACCAGCCAGCAAGAAGAUGAAAAUGUAGAGGGUGGAGAAGUGAAUGCUGAUGGAGAGACUGUCCAAGUGGAAGCUGAAGAGGAAACAGUGGAAGAAACUGGCCAGCAAGAAGAUGAAAAUGUAGAGGGGGGAGAAGUUGAUGAUGCUGGAGAAACUCUCCAUGUGGAAGCUGAAGAGGAAGCAGUAGAAGAAAAUGACCAGCAAGAAGAUGAAAAUGUAGUGGAUGGAGAAGUGGGUGCUGAUGGAGAGACUGUCCAAGUAGAAGCUGAAGAGGAAUCAGUAGAAGUAAAUGCUCAACAAGAAGAUGAAAAUGAAGAGGGUGGGGGAGUGGAUGCUGAUGGAAAGACUGACCAAGUGGAAGCUGAAGAAGAAAGUGGCCAGCAAGAAGAUGAAAAUGUAGUGGAUGGAGAAGCAGAUGUGGAUGGAGAGACUGUCCAAGUGGAAGCUGAAGAGGAAGCAGUAGAAGAAAGUGGCCAGCAAGAAAAUGAAAAUGUAGAGGGGGGAGAAGUGGACGUUGAUGGAGAGAUUACCCAAGUGGAAACCCAAGAAGAUAGCCUUGUUAAAGAAGCAGAAGACAGCCCUGGUCAAGAGAAUGUUGACCAAGUGACUGAAGAGCCAAGCAACCAUGAAUUAACUGAAGAGCCAGGCCACAAUGACCCAAGUGCAAAGGAUGGUAAUGCUGAGGAAGAGUCUGAAAUAGGUGAAGCAAAGCAGUCUGAAGCUGAUGCCCAACCUAGCAGCAAGAUAGUUCCCCUUCAAGCCCCCAUUGCAGCUUCCCCCAUGGUACAACAAAGGUCCAUUGACCCUGACCCCAUCUGGGUGCUGAAACUUUUGAAGAAGAUUGAGAAGGAAUUCAUGACUCACUACGUCAGCGCCAUGAAUGACUUCAAGGUGAAAUGGAACCUGCCCAACACUGAUGAGGUGAACCUGAUGAUCUCUGAGUUGAAGGAAGAAGUGAAUCGAAGAAUACAAAAGAGCAUCGAGAAGGAGUUGAAGAAAAUUAGAAGCAGGGCAGGCCGAAAGAUACCAAGACCUCCUGAUGAACUCCGCCGUGAGUCUACCCUUCAGGUGGAAAACCGUCGCCGUCGCUUGCAGAGCAUUCGUAAAAUGUCCCUGUACAAUGACCAGAAUCCAAACCAGAGUAACCCGCAAGAGACAUUAUCUUAUGAGAUUGAUGAAGACUUCAUUUUUAGUACCAUUAGAGAUGAUGAAAGCGAGUUGCCUAGUGAGGAGGAGUAUUGCCCAUGUGAUGCCUGCAUCAGGAAGAAAAUAGAGGCCAGAGCCUUCCGGGGCCCAGUCGUUCUACCAGUGGCAGCAAACGCACCUGUUGUGAAAGCUUUUGACCUCCACCAGAUCCUGAAGAUGAAGAAAGGCAGCAUUCCUGAGAAGAUGGUGGAGAACAGUAUCGCUGAAGAAGACCAGGACGAAGAAGCUGAAGGGAAGACUGAUGAACCUGAGGUUGCUCAGGAAACAGAACCUGAGGAGGGAAAAGAGGUGGGUGAAACCGAUGAGAAAGAAGAAGAUCAGAAAGUAAAAGAAGAUGAAGUUGAAGUUCUCCCUGAUGAAGCACCUGAAAAUCAGAACUGUGAAGAAGCUGAGGGAGGGGAAGCAACAAAUGAAGAAGCAGUGGAGAAAGCAAAAGAAGAAGUGGGAGAGGAAGAAGGAGAUGAGGGAAAGGAAGGUGAAGUUGCAAUAGAAGAAGAAGAAGAAAAGGAGGGGGAAGCAGAUAAGAAAGAGGAAGAGAAAGAAGAUGCAGAGGAGGAGGAGGAAGUAGAUGUGAAAGUAGAGGAAGGGGAGGAAGUGGAAGCAGGAGAAGGAAAGGAAGAAGAAUCAGUUAAAGAAGAAAACAAAGGGGAAGAAGUAGAAGAGGGAGACGUAAUUGAGGAAGGAGAAAAGGAGGAAGUGAGUGUGAAGGAGGAAGAAAAGGAGGAAGAGGAAGCAAAGGAGGAAGAACAGGAAGCAGAAGAGAAAGAAACAGAGACAGAGGAAGUGGAAGUGGAAGCAGGAGAAGAAAUGGAGAACUCUGUGAAAGAGGAAGAAGAGAAGGAGGAAAUGGAGGAAGAAAAAGAGGAUGAAUCUGUCAAAGAGGAGGCAGAAGGGGAUGCAGAAGAAGAAACAGAAAGGGGAGUAGAUGAAGAACAAGGAGGAGGAGAUGUGGCUCCUGACGAAGCAGAGGAAGAAAAGGAGGAGAAAUCUGUGAAAGAAGGAGAAGAGGAAGUAGAAGAAGAAAAGGAGGGAGGGGAAGAAGGAGAAGAUGCGGGAGAAGAUGUGACUCUUGAUGAAAUGGAAGAAGAAAAAGAGGAGCAAUCUGUGAAAGAUAAAGAAGAAGAGGAAGUAGAAGAAGAAAAGGAAGGAGAGGAGAAGGAAGAAGAAAAGGAAGCAGAAGAGGGAGGAGAAGAAGUGGCUUGUGAGGAUAAUAAUCAAGAAGAAGAAGAAGACAAAAAUGAAGAAGAAGAGAAAGAUGUAGAUGAAGAACAAAAGGAAGAUGAAGAAACUGAAGAAGAACCCAAAGUGGAAGAUGAAGCAGAUGGUGCAGCAGUAGAGCCAGAGCCAGAGGGAGGAGAAGGAGAGAGCCAAAAAGAUCCAACUGAAGAUGCAGAAAACGCUGAUGAUGAUGGAGGCUUGGAAGCAGAAGCUGCAGAAAAAGAAAAUGAAAUUGAGGAAGACACUGAAGGCGGUGGUGGAGCAGAAGUGGUUGAGGAGGAGGACGCCAAGCCAGAAGAAGACUGUGAAGCUUGUUCCGAAACAGCUGAAGCAGAAGAAGAAGGUGAAAACAAGGAAGGUGAGGCUGAAGCUGAGGAGAAGGAAGAGGAAGCUGAGGGAGAAGAUGGCAAUGUACCUGAACAGACUGAUGGAGAUGAAGUAGACCCUGAGACAGUUGCAGAAGAGGAGGAGGCAGAGGAUUGUGAGGAACCCAGUGAAGCUAUGAAGAACCUCCGGAAAGCUUCGGCCAUCUCCUCCAUGGGGAACUGUUCACAACAAUCUCAGAAAGGAUCUGAGGAUGGGAGCGAUGGAGAAGAAGGUGAAAUGAACAAAGAUGGCAAUGUCAAUGGAGAGGCUGGAAGCAACUCAGAGAAAAAGUCUGGAACGAUGUAUGCUGACAUCGAAGAAGAAGAAGAGGAAGAGGAAGAAGAUCGAGCAUCCUCACCAGGAAGUGGUGGGAAGGCAGAAGAACCCAAAACUGAUGAAAAGAUAGAGAACAACAGCCAGGGUUCCAAAAAGAAGGAUGAGAACACAGAGGUCAUUGAUCAAGAUGAUCUAGACUUUUAGGAUAAGAUGUAUUGAACCUUUGGGAGAAAGAUGUUUCCUCACACUUCCUUUGACAUGAGACUCAUUUUUUCAACAGAGAGAACCAUAAUGUGGUAUUUUUAAAAAUACUUCAAUAUAUUGUCCAUGUGUGCAAGUGUGUUCCUCCUCUUUUUUGGAGGGUAAAGACAUCUCUGGUGGAGAUCUCUGCUUUCUUCAGUGGAGGAGUUUCCUCGUUCUUGUUCUUUUGCACAUGAUGUUCCUGCAUCUUAGAAAUCUUAUGACAUGAGAAUAGCUACAAGCAGUGUAUACUAUCAUCUUCCUAAAGGAAUCAGGAGGCAUGGACCUCAGUCUUACCUGGAGGACCUAUUUGCUGAUUCCGGGUAUCAACAGAUCACAUCAAGAUGAGUAUUAUAUGACAACGAAUAUCUGAGAGCAAACAUCAAGCCUUGAUUUUUCUCCAUAUGUUAAAUGAAUGUUCAGACACUGAGAAGUACAUUGAUGUGUGUUGACAUAUUUGUCAACUGGAUUUUCAGUGUUUUUAUCCAUCUA